CAGCAGAAAGUUCGCCCCUCUCUCUCACUCGAGCACUUCCUAUUUGCUCCAACACGAACCGAAGCGGCUAGCUGUUGACAUGGAUCUCUACGAAUCUCUCCGACGCAUAACGCCGUUUUAUUCGGAAACAUUGUGCGUGUGCCAUAUGUUCGCACUCGCAUUUGUCCUGUAUGUUUUGUUAGCAGUUGUUAAAUUAAUGAUAAAGAGGAGGAGAGGGAUGCGAAAACUGCAGCCGUUUCCAGGACCACCUGCACACUGGCUCUUGGGACAUGUUAAAGAGUUUCACCAGGAUGGAACAGAUUUGGCAAAGAUUGUCAGGUGGGGUGAGCAGUAUCCCAUUGCCUUUCCACUGUGGUUUGGCCCGUCAGUCUGCUUUCUGAAUAUCCAUCACCCAUCUUAUGUGAAGACCCUUCUGGCAUCAACAGAACCAAAAGAUGACGUCUCAUAUACCUUUCUCGUCCCUUGGAUAGGGGAGGGCUUACUUGUGUCCGUUGGACAGAAAUGGUUUCGUCAUAGAAGACUCCUCACUCCUGGUUUCCAUUAUGAUGUUUUGAAGCCUUAUGUGAAUCUUAUUGCUGAUUCAACCAAAAUUAUGCUUGAUAAGUGGGAAGUUCAUGCUAAAUCAAAGGAGUCAUUUGAAUUGUUUCAUUAUGUAAGUCUCAUGACUCUGGACAGCAUCAUGAAAUGUGCAUUCAGCUGUAACAGUAACUGCCAGAUGGAGAGUGGAAGCAACCCAUACAUUAAGGCAGUGUAUGAGCUGUGUCACCUGGUGAACCUCAGGUUCCGCGUCUUUCCGUAUCACAGCAAGACCAUAUUUCAUCUCAGUCCACAUGGAUACAGAUUCAGGAAGGCAUCCAAAAUAGCACACAGUCAUACAGAGGAAGUUAUCAGAAAGAGGAAGGAAGUCUUGAAGAUUGAGAGAGAACAGAGCAUCGUUAAAAACAAACGAUAUUUGGACUUUUUGGAUAUUCUUCUGUCUGCCAGAGAUGAGCAGAAGCAGGGUUUGUCUGAUGAGGACAUCAGGGCUGAGGUGGACACAUUCAUGUUUGAAGGUCAUGACACUACAGCUAGUGGCAUAUCGUGGAUCUUUUACAGUAUGGCUUGUAACCCCGAUCACCAGCAGAGAUGCCGAGAGGAGAUCCUGCAAGCUCUGGAGGGCAAAGACAGCAUAGAGUGGGAGGACCUCAAUAAAAUCCCAUACACAACAAUGUGUAUUAAAGAAUCCCUGCGUCUUUAUCCUCCUGUGCCAGGAAUGUCACGAAAGUUGACUAAACCUAUGACUUUCUUUGAUGGACGGACUUUACCUGAAGGUUCUCUGGUUGGAGUCAGCGUUUAUGGAAUCCACAUGAAUGCCACAGUUUGGGAGAAUCCAUAUGUAUUUGACCCAUUGCGAUUUCUGCCUGAGAACUCUGCUGAGAGGUCACCGCAUGCCUUUGUGCCCUUCUCUGCUGGACCCAGAAACUGCAUUGGACAGAACUUUGCCAUGAAUGAGAUGAAGGUAGCGGUUGCGCUGACACUGAAGAGAUAUCACCUCAUUAAAGACCCAAAUCACACCCCAAAGAUGGUCCCUCAAAUAGUGCUCAGAUCCCUUAACGGAAUUUACCUCAAGAUCAAACCUGUAGAAACUGAGUCAUGAAAAGCCAGCUGUUUUAACAGUAUUUUACAACAGUAAUUUUUAUAUUUGUUGUUUUUAUAUUAAUGUUAAAUUUCUUUACUGUGGAGGGAAAAUUCACUAAGAAUGAACUGUGUCCGCUGAUAGUGUAGUUUAUUUGAAAGCUGUGUUGUUUAUAUUGCCCACAUUUAAAUUUUCAACAGAAAAUGUAACCCAAAUAUAUUUACCACCAGCUUUCCAUGGGCAGUAAAAACGUAACGUUAAUUAUACCAGGCAAAUAGCACUGAGUUUUGUGAAUAAGCCGCUAUUAAUUAUAAGUUUAAUAUGCAUGUAAAGGAGGCGUUUUUGAUCUGAAACAAAUGGAAAUGGCUUAAUUUAAGUACAGAGGGCUAUUUCAGCACUUUUAGCGUCUGGUUAAAAUAAUUUGCGGUUGUGGGCAUUAAUAAAUAAGAUACAGUUUUUUAUGGUGAAAUACCACACGCUAAAUUGGCGCAACUGUUAGUGAAUUUGCCUGUGAUUGUCUUGUAUUUGUGAAAUCAUUAGAAAUAUUUUCAAACCAAAAUUCAUCUCUAUUCAACUGGAUGUAUUAAAUGGAUAUUUUAUGUAAAUUAUGUAAUUUUUUUUUUUACAAAAAAUAAAACUAGAGCUCUAAUAUAUGGAAAGAAAAUCUGUGGAUCUGUAACUAGUGCAAAAGACGAUGAGGAAAGGUUUUAAAUAUUAAUGAGCCAGUUUAAGUAAAGCAGUGACUAUUUAUACGGUGUUAAAAAAUGUAGAUGAUAUUUACUGGGUAUAGUGAUAGAUAGUGCCAGUGCCGGUCCUACCCUAUUUGGCACCCUAGGCGAGACCCUCCAGUCAAACCCCUCUCACUGGCAAACGAUUGAAUGCAGUUGCAGGUUUUGUUUCAAUUAAUUGUAAGUAAAUAUCCUCUUCAUUCAA